AUUUAUCUCAGGAUCAUUCCACCCGUAUUGGUAAUGAUAGGAUUUGGAUGUACAAUAUGGAUAGUGAGCAUGUUCUAUGGACCAAUCAAGGAUUUAUAUUCUGAUUUAGAGUAUCAAAGGUGCCAGAAAAAUUGGUGGACAUCUGUUCUAUUCAUAAAUAAUCAUUAUAACCAGUAUGACAUGUGUCAUUUCAUUACAUGGUACCUAUCAGCUGAUACCCAACUUUACGUGCUGUCUCUGAUAAUUUUGUCGAUUAUCUGGAUGUUCAAGAGAAAUACCGUCACAAUUUUGGGGUCCUGUGUUGUUGUUGGAAUUCUGAUACCGACUAUGAUAUCUUAUAUCUAUGAUUUGGAUUUCAUUUAUAGAAUUACCCCAGAGAAUUCCAAGAAUAAUAAAUUCAGGUCUUUUAAUUUCAAUGCCAUAUAUUCGUCAAACUACGCCAACAUGGCUACAUAUAUGGUGGGCCUAUGUUUUGGAUAUGUAUAUUCAAAAAUGAAAAAUGGACAUUUUUUUGUUAAUACCUCAUCUAAAAUAAUAUGCUGGCUUGCAUUCUUAGGAUUACCCGUUUCGGUAGUUCUCGCUUCUUCGCAUUACUAUUCAAGAUUCGUCAGUGCCAUUUUGAGUGGUAUUCUGAAACCAUUAUACGCUGUGGGUAUAGCAGUUGGUAUUCUAGGAAUGUCCCAAGGAAUAGGGGGUAUUGUCAAAAGAAUAUGCGAAUGGAAACCAGCACUCAUUUUGGGCAACCUCACCUAUAGUACGUAUGUUGUGCAUUAUGGAAUAGUGUUCUACAGAACAGCAACAGCCAAACAGCCUCUAUAUAUAUCGGAUUCCGUAUUGAUCACAUCAUUCAUUUACGACGCUAUUUUUUCUUUCUCCUGUGGAUUCUUGAUGCACAUCCUUGUGGAAAUGCCUGCAUCUCAGCUGCAGAACAAAUACGUUCCUCAAGUUAGGAAACAACGUGGAUUGGAUAAGAAUAACAAAGAAAAAUGAAGAAAGUAUACUACAGACUCGAAGAACAGGGUUCUUAGAGUUUCAGAAUAGAAGGGAAACAAGAGUCCAAAUUUUUCAAAAUGUUCCUAGUAAAGUGGCAGUUAUUCACUCCUUAAUUUGGUGAAAUAUUCAAUAUUUUCUCCAUAUUCAGUCAAAUAACAUUAUUAUUACUGAGUAAGGUAUUUAUUGAGUUACUUUGUUAUUGACAAAUCAUUUUGAAUGAUUAAAUCAGCUGUUGAAACA